ACCUUCACUUCAAAUUAAUCUUAGCGGAAGAUGAUAAUGGCGUUGAAACAACUUUUAUUUCUACACAAUCCAUACAGUCCAUCGCCGGCGUCGUAUUCCUGUCGCCGGAAAAAUGCCUCGGCAGCUACUUCUUCGACUAUACUUCAACACCCGAUGGUAUUGUCGAAGAACAUUGACAAAUUCAAACCACUGGAUUUCCCUAAGAACUCCACCAGGAAGUUGAAUCGCUCUGUUACUACUAUCAGAUCCCAAUUGAAUUUUCCCAUCAUUUCUCCGCAAGAUCAAUGGGGAACUUGGACUGUUCUUUUCGCUACCGGCGCUUUUGGCAUUUGGUCGGAGAAGACCAAGAUCGGGGCUGCACUAAGUGGUUCACUAGUAAGUGUACUGGUUGGUCUAGCAGCAAGUAACUUGGGCAUUAUAGCUAGUGAAGCUCCAGCAUAUAAAAUCGUGACAGGAUUCUUGCUUCCACUUGCUGUUCCCUUGCUGUUGUUUAGAGCUGAUAUGCGUCGAGUAUUAAAGUCCACUGGAACACUGCUCAUGGCCUUUUUGCUUGGAUCAGUUGCAACUACUAUUGGUACUGUGGUGGCUUUUUUCAUAGUUCCGAUGCGAUCACUUGGUCAAGAUGGCUGGAAGAUAGCUGCCGCUCUUAUGGGAAGACACAUAGGUGGAGCUGUCAACUAUGUGGCUAUUUCCGAAGCUCUGCAGACAUCACCAUCAGUUGUUGCUUCUGGAUUGGCUGCUGAUAAUCUUAUUUGUGCAGUAUACUUCACUACAUUGUUUGCAUUGGCUUCUAAAAUACCUGCUGAGGCUGCUCAAUCAGUCAGUGAUGACAAGGUUGAGUCAGAAUCUGGUAACAAGCUACCUGUACUGCAGACUGCUACUGCUCUUGCUGUAUCCUUUGCUAUAUGCAAAGCUGGAGAACUUUUGACUAAGCAUUUUGGUAUUCAAGGAGGUCUCCUUCCCAUUAUUACAGCUAUUGUUGUCAUUCUAGCAACUUCAUUUCCCAGUCAAUUUGCCUACCUUGCGCCGUCUGGUGAAGCUAUGGCACUGAUACUGAUGCAGGUAUUUUUUACAUUCAUUGGUGCUAGUGGUGGUAGCAUAUCAAACGUUGUCAAUACAGCGCCCAGUAUAUUCCUGUUUGCAUUAAUCCAGAUUGCAGUCCAUCUGGCCGUGAUACUUGGAGUAGGGAAACUGCUCCGACUUGAACUGAAAGAAUUGCUUAUAGCAUCAAAUGCAAACGUAGGAGGCCCAACAACAGCUUGUGGAAUGGCCACCGCCAAAGGGUGGAUUUCCUUGGUUGUUCCAGGUAUUCUUGCUGGUAUUUUUGGCAUCGCGAUUGCAACUUUUCUAGGUAUUGCUUUCGGACAGACCGUUCUUAAAUUCAUUUAAGUUUUGAACUGUGUGGACUUGGUGAAGUGCAUCAAGUUCUUCAUAAAUAAUACUAAUGUGUAUUCAAAUUUGUAAUAUAUCAAACUAAACAUUCAAACAAGAAAUGGUUCUUGUGUUAUAGUCCUUACCUUACUAA